AUUGCCCCCGGGCACAAUCUCGGCUCCUCGAGCUGACAAGACUUUGGUUGGAGGAACUUGGAAUUUUUAUUAAUCGGAAAUUACGCAAAAUCGGAAGUUUUUUUUUAACGAGAGUCCGGAACAGUAGUAGCAGCAUUUGAUCGGAGUGGUUGUUCUGGGUGCAUUAACAGGAUGGAAGCAGCAGACAAGAAGCUGAAACGACUGAGGAUAGAUCUGGUGAAUGGUCUCACCAAGGGUGUCAUUGCGGAUCUGGUGGAUGAAAUGCAGGGAGCAGAAGUGAUCAACACCUCUGAAUGUGAAGAGAUUCUCCAAGCAAAUGUAACAACCAAAGACAAGGCCAGAGGUCUUAUUGAUAUUGUGUCGAGAAAGGGACCUCGAGCCAGUGAAAAACUAAUUCAGAGUCUGAAUAAUGCAGAUAAAGAGUUGUGCAACAAGCUGGGCCUUUCCCCCAUGGAAAACAUGGGAUCAUCUGUCCCACCCACUCCACCAGCACCAGUGGUCCCCAAAACUGGUGAGUGGAUAACUCCAUGUGUACAGCAGCAAUAUGAUGAGCUUUCUCAGAAGACAAAGGAGGUAUACCCAAUGUUGCCAAGGCACAGCAGGAAGCGUCUGGCCCUAAUGAUUAACAACAUUGAGUUUACGAAUCCUAAUAUGACAAGGCACGGUGCAGAGGUGGAUGAAGAUCAAAUGCAGAAACUGCUGAAUGGCUUUGGGUACGAAGUGGAACGGCACAAUAAUUUAACAGCAAAGGAGAUGAAGGAAGUACUGACUGCAUUUUCAAAUCGAGAGGAGCACAUGCAGUCUGACAGCACCUUUGUAGUUCUAAUGUCCCAUGGACUCCGAGAUAAAAUCUGUGGCAAACAUCACAGUGAGAGCGAGGAAGAUACAUUUCACAUUGACCAAGUUUUCGAUAUUUUAAACAACAAGAAUUGCAAAGGACUGAGAGGAAAGCCAAAGGUCAUCAUCAUUCAGGCCUGCCGUGGAAGGAGCCUUGGUCAUGUGUAUGUCAGUGAUUCAGCAACUCCUGAGCCCCACAUUGACUAUGAAGAAGAAGGCCCUUUUUACCAAGUACACAAGGAAAGUGAUUUCAUCUGCUUCUGUUCCAGCACCCCAGAAAGUGUGGCCCUUAGACAUGUUCAGAAGGGAAGUGUAUUCAUCCAGAGCAUGAUUGACAUAAUGAGACAAAACGCAUGGAAAGAUCACAUUGAGGAGCUUUUCUUCCAGGUGCAACAGUCAUUCAUGGACUUCACCAGACAACUGCCUGUGAAGGAGAGAGCCACACUGAUGAAGAAAUUUUACCUAUUUCCUGGCUUUUGACACCUUGGUUCCCAGAAGUGAACCAACCCAGAAAUCCAACAGUAGUGUGUUAUAGAAAUCAAAGUUCAGCUCAGUCAUUUCUGCAGCAGAAUAUGCAUUGGAAAUUAUUUUAAAGCAUUCCUUGGGAAGUGUGUUGAUGGGCUGGAUGGUGGGAAAGGUGAUGGGAGAGGAGGGUUAUACUCUAUCCAGCAAAGUGAAAAGUAUGAGUGGUUUCAUGGAUAAUUAAUGCCUGUUUGCUUCUGUUCAUCUUAAUGUAAUUGGGGCUUUUAAUUUUCCUUGUUUUUGCUUUAAUUUUCUAGAUUAUAUAUUACAUAUUACUUCACAAAGUCUCAAAGAGAGCUAAAGUGAACCAGUUGACUGCACUUCAUACAAUGUACUCUUCAUAUCUCACUGCACUGCCAGUUAAGCUAUUGCUCAGUUCUUAAGCCUAUCCAGACAGGGUAAAGGCCCCAUUACUGUUGACUGAUGCUCUCAGAAGGUCUGUACCUAUCACCAGAGGGUUCUAGCUUUAAAAACAUUAGCACUGACUUUUAUGAGGAUAUAGUGCCAGCAUUUUUGUUUCUUGUUUAUUUUUAUUUGAUGUUCACUUGCCUCCUCUUGUUAGCGUUCAGUCUUUACUGCUAUCAUUCAGGCUCAUACAGCCUUCCUCCACCCACUUCUUUUUCACAGAUCAGCUGUUCCUCGCCUGCAUUCAGCGAAGUGCUUUUCAGCCAACAGGGACUGAGUGUCACUUUAAGAAGUUGGAAGUGGCACUCAGAGUGCCCGUUGGCUGAAAAGCUUGAAAUAUAUUUCCAUGAAGACACAAGAGACAGCAGACGCUGGAAAUCUGGAACAACACACAAAGGAGUUGGAGGAACACAGCGGGUCAGGCAGCAUCUGUGUAGGGAAAUGGACUGUCGACGUUUCGGGGCGAGACCCUUCACCAAGACUGCUAUGUAUUUCCAUUCAGAAAAUUCCAUUGUUUGCAGUCCAGUGUGUCAUAGGAACAGAAGCAUAUCAUUCAGAAACUCAGACAAUCUCAUUUGGCUAGGGAAAGCUAUAAGGUCAAAGGCAGUCCAAUGAAAGUUCACACAAAUGGUUCUUGGGGAGAGAGUAUAUUAUAUUUCCUCAUGACAUAGAAGGAGGCUGUUCAGUCCAUCAAAUCCCUGCUAGCUUUCAAAUCUAUCCCAUUACUCCAUUUAUUUUCCCUGUAACCUUUUCUCUCUCCCGUGGCCGUUAACGCUUCUAUUACUACUGACAUAUACUAGGGACAUUUUACAGUGUCCACUUAACCUAACUAAUCAGCAUGUCUUUGGGAUGUGGGAGGAAAUUGGAGCACCCAGGGCACAUCCACACAGUCACAGGGAAACUGUUCAAAAUCCACACAGAUACACCAGAGAUCAGAAUUGAACCCAGGUCACUGAACUGAACCCAGCUGUGAGACAGCUGCGCUACAUGCAGCACUCCUCUGCCGCCCCAUACAGGUUGGGCAGUGAUUUGCCUCAAAGGUGGGUAAUUCAUUGCUGAGCGUUUAAUCAGAAGGAGUAAGUAGAGCUGCAGUAGUGGUGGAGGUAGUUUUAAUCUUGCUUUUUCUUGUCUACAUUCUGUGUCCUGUGAGGAAAAUGAGUUGAGCAGUCCUCUGGAGUUCAGUAGAAUGACAGGCCAUCUCAUUGAAUCAGGAAUUCUUAUGGGGAUUGACAGGGUAGAUGCUGAACCACUGUUUCCCUUGGCUGGAAAACCUAGAACUGGGAUUCGGGUCAGGAUGUUUGCUAUUUAGAACUGAGAGGAUGAAAAUUUCCUUCUUCACAUUGUGGACCUUUGGAAUUCUUGACACAGUGGGCUGUCAAUGCACAGUUAGAGUAUAUUCAAGACUAGAUGUAUAUGCACUGAAGAAAUCCAGGGAUAUGGAGAUGGGCCAGGCCAUGAUGUGGAUGCAAAUUUUCAACCCUGAUUUUGAGUACUUAAGCUGGCUCUAGAGGAGUGCAUGACCCUACUCCCCACCACCCCCCACCCCCACCCCACCCCCCGCCAUUCUCUUCCAAAUCAUCACUGGCCUGCACAUAAACUACUCAGUUCCAUAUUGCUUGAAUAUUCUUUGCUUAUCAAAAAUCAUUGAUCUCAGUCUUGAAAGCUCCAAUUUAUGUGGUUUACAGAGCCUUUUGGGGGUGGGUGGGGGGGUGGGGGGAGGUGGAUUCCCAGUCAUUUGCUGCAUUUAAUAGAAGAAACACUUUUCCAGAUUUCACUUCUCAUAACCCUGGAACCCUGGUUCUAAUCUUGUCCCCUCAUUUUUGAUUUCCCAACCAGAGGAAUGGAUCUUCCCUAACAAAUUCUUACGGCAUUUUAAACAUCUCAAUUACUUCAUCCCUCAACUCCCUGUAUUCAAAGCAUACAAGUCAGUUCAAACAACAUUUCUUCAAAACUUAACCCUCUAAAUAAUUCUGGUGUCGUGCAUCGCACCAUCUCCAGGCCAGUAAAUCUUUUCUGAAGUGCAUUGCCCAAAACUGAAUAUCGUACUCCAUAUGAGAUCAGAAUAAGUCUCUGUUCAAUGUCCAUAUGAACAGUAACUAUAACAAAAACAGAGACAGUCUUCUCUGUUUCCCAGUGCUGAAAAAAAAUAUUCACAAUGGAAUGGUAGCCUUGAAAUUACUCAAGUUCUUGAGUGAGUCAAGCCAAAUGAGUCAAUACCAGCCUUUGCCAGAAGAGGGCAGUCACUACUCAGACUUUGCAAGGGUGAAAUGGAGACACGAGACACACAAAGCGCUGGAGGAACUCAGUGGAUCAGGCAGCAUCUACAGAAGGAAAUGUUGACUGUCCAUUUCCUUCUAUAGAUGCUGCCUGACCCCCUGAGUUCCUCCGGCACUUUGCAAGCAUGAAUAUUUGUGUGUGCCCAUUCACCAUAUUGAGGUCCACAAUUGCUUGGUUGCUGAGAUGAGUAGCUGAUUUGCAUUGUUGCUCUGCACUGAAGGAUCCAUUCCCUUCUUAUUCUACUCAGUAAGAUUCAUUCAUUCAGUUAGUAACAUUCAACUGCAAAUUCUCAAAGUCAGCAGAGGCAGUAUUUGGGAUUAUCAAAUGUUGAAAAGCCCUGUAUAAAUUUUGUGGUUAAAUCAAUCACUUUUGCUGAUAUUGAAAUACUUUCAGAAUUGUGCUGUCUUAAUAAAUGCAGAAGUUUAAUUAAGAAAGGAAAGCAUUAUUUAGAUAGUUUUAAUUUUAGUGACAUUAGAAUAUUCAGAAAUCUGUUAAGUUUUAUUUUUGGAGAAUAAAAA